AUGCAUUGAUGGCAAGGGCAUGAGUGUGCGUUAAAAUAUUGUUUUGCAAAUUUUGGGCUUGGGUUUUCAUAGUUCUAAGGCGAACAUAUUGAGAAGACCAUUCUCAUUAAGGAUUUUAAUGGAGGAACCCAUUCUUAUAGCAUUUUAAGGGUAAGACAGGUACAGUUAAUAAUAACUGUCCUUUUCUUUCCCCCUGCCUUUAACGCGGACACUUCUGGAAAUUCAUGUGGACGAGUUGAAAAUGAACGAGAGGCCGGAGUCAAACUUUACUUUUUCUGAUGGUGAUAACUGGACUUUUCCCAAUGCCUCGAGCGACCACACCAUACCAAGAAACAAUAUCACUUAUGUCGGAUACUACCUGCAUCAGCCGCCUACCGCGGUGGUGUUCAUCGUGUCCUACUUGCUCAUCUUCCUGGUGUGCAUGGUUGGCAAUGGAGUUGUUUGCUUUAUAGUGCUGAGGAGUAGGAACAUGCGCACCGUCACCAAUCUUUUCAUCCUCAACCUCGCCAUUAGUGACCUACUCGUUGGGAUUUUCUGUAUGCCUACAACACUGCUGGACAACAUCAUUACAGGAUGGCCAUUUGGAAGCCUGGUGUGCAAAAUGAGUGGUAUGGUCCAAGGCAUAUCUGUAUCGGCAUCUGUCUUCACCCUGGUGGCCAUCGCAGUGGACAGGUUUAGAUGCAUUGUGUACCCCUUCAAGCAGAAGCUGACGAUAUCUACAGCUACCCUCAUCAUCAUCGUCAUCUGGGUUUUGGCCAUAUCCAUCAUGUGCCCAUCAGGCGUCAUGCUGCAGGUGACCAAAGAGCAGACCAUCCGGAUAUACCUUGGGGACGGCAACCGGACAAGCCCGUUCUACUGGUGCCGUGAGAACUGGCCCAACCAGGAGAUGAGGAAGAUCUACACCACGGUUCUCUUUGCCAACAUCUACCUUGCGCCCUUAUCGCUCAUUGUGAUCAUGUACGCGCGGAUUGGCAUCACCCUCUUCAAGACGGCCGUGCCGACCGGGGACAAGCCCGGCGCCGGGCACGACAACCGCCACACGGUGUCCAAAAAGAAGCAGCGGGUCAUCAAGAUGCUCCUGGUAGUGGCACUGCUCUUCGUCCUCUCCUGGCUGCCCCUGUGGACACUCAUGAUGCUGACGGACUACGCCAGCCUGUCCGAGUACCAGUACCGGGUCAUCAACAUAUACAUCUACCCGUUCGCCCACUGGCUGGCGUUCUUCAACAGCAGCGUCAACCCCAUCAUCUACGGUUUCUUCAACGAGAACUUCCGGCGCGGCUUCCAGGCCGUGUUCAAGUUCCAGCUGUGCGGUGGAGGAGGUGGCGGUGGCGGUGGAGGAGGUGGCGGUGGCGGUGGCGGGUACCGGCGCAGGACGUACUCGCACCGCUUCCAGGGCAACUCGGUGCUGCCAGCCAACCCGCAGCCAUCCACCGAGCCCAUCUCACUCAACAGCCUAGAGAACACCAGCUCGCGGCGGGUCAACCAAGUCAACGAGCAGGACUUAAUCAUGGAGGACUUGGAGAAGGCCUCCCAGAGUAGCGACGGGAAGGACGGGCCGUCCCUUUGUGAAAGCACAAAUACAAACAGCCAGGCAUGCUCAGUCUAAACAUAUCGCAGCUAUUGGUAUUACAUGUAUAACAUGAUGUUGUGUGUGUGUGUGUGUGGGUGAAACGUUCCCCUGGGACCGUUUUGGCAAACCCAGCCAAACGUUCCACCAGACACAUUUCUGAGGUGCAAACUUGCCAGCAACCCAGCGGGGGUGCUAAAGAGAGACAUUUAGACAUUGUUUACUACAGUUAGGUCUGGUCAAACUAAAUUAUAGCUUACACAAGCUCAGCAGUAUUCUUUGGUUACCAAACCAAAGUUUUGGAUUAAUAGUGCCUAUAUCUCGCUACGUUUCACAAAAUAUAAGGGCACAAACCCUGAACUGCCGUCUAUGAGUUAGCUGCCACAUGUUAGACAUAUAGCCACAUACAGACCUAACUGUAGUAAACAACAUCUAAACGUCUCUCUUUAGCACCCCUGCUGGGUUGCUGGCUAGUUUGCACCUCAGAAACGUGUCUGGUGGAACGUUUGGCUAGGUUUGCCAAACCGGUCCCAGGGGAACGUUUCCCUAAUGAGACCAGGUUG